AUGCAGAACACCGCGUCUAGGACAGUCUACCGGAAACAAGUUGCAAAGGCAUGUGACCCAUGUCGCCGCCGCAAAACCAAGUGCAAUGGCGUACAGCCUUGCGCAGGAUGUUUAUCGGCAAAACUAGCUUGCACCUUCAAUGCACCACGGGGUCAAGGAGGUCGCACAGGUCCCAGGGCUAACGUACUCAACGAAUUGAGAGCGAUACCCCAUAACGAUGCCGACGUCUUCGACCCACAGGAUGCUGCACCGACCGCGGUCGUUACCGCCGCUGUGGAAUUGACAAGGGAAGUCUUCAAAACGUUGGUCGACGUCUACGAGAAGCGCAUAUACAGGAUAAUAGCUCUCGUACCAGCCGAAAGACUGCGAGAAGAGUUCAUGCAGAUGCAGACUUCGCCGACAUCUCGACAGCUCAUAUAUGCCUUUUGCGCAUACAUGGCAAACUUUGCGGAAGCCUCCACUAAUGCCAAUUGCGGAUCUACACAGUCUUCACAAACGCACUCACAAACCUACUACUUAGAUCAUACCUUGCUCUCGCUGCAGCGAGAUAGGAUUACGCAGCUUGACCAUCGAUCAGUUUAUACCUCCUUCUUUCUGUACGGAGCUUACGCUGGCCGAGGCGACUACCGUCAAGCAUGGUUCUAUUUGAGAGAAGCAACAACCCUGUUCAUGAUGCUUAAAGACGAGGACAGGGAUUGGUUCGACAUGAAGACAAGGACACGGCUGUUUUGGAUUUUGGUAGUGUCAGAAAGAGCGCAUGGCGUUCGUAGGAAUCGGCCCAUCACACUAUCUGUCACUUCCUCAAGCUACCCACUCGAUGGUCAUGAUGAUCUUGGCUUGGUCCACCUCGCAUCAGUCUUCCGACCGCUCGAUGAAGUCUUUUUCGCAGUGUGGAACGGUGCAGCGCAAAACUGCAGUAAAGAGUGGUUAAUCCAGCUCGAGAACGAUGUUCGCACCGCACUGCCCACUGAUCUCGAACUUUCGAACGAAGAGAUUGCAAAUGUUCGCAUAUCGCAGUUCUGGCUACAGAUCAAACUGUGGGAGCUGUUUCCCCGCUUCGGGUUUCUCUCCACAGAGUCUGUUUACGAUUGCUUAACAUUCAGAUACCCCAUUCUGGUUGGCAAAGACUUGACCAUUCUCUCGAUGAAGCUACCCGUUCAGAGUCUGCAGAUACAUGGCGUCGGCAUGACGGAGAAGGUAUUCGACAUAGCCUGCGCUUUAGCGGACGUUCUUCAUUUCGUGCCUCAGUCUGCAUCACAUGCCGAACUCAGCCCCCCAGAUUACUUGACCCAGUUGAUGCUGUUGAUAGCAAAGCUACCGGGCGGCUCGUCUAAGUUCAUACCUUUGCUGCUAGCCAAAGUCAAUGAACUACUUCCGGAUCUGCUGGAGCACGUAUGCGAAGCCAUUCAAAUGCCAAUCCCCACCAAUCACAACCCUAUGAGCCCAGACACACGAUUUGUAUAUGAAGAGGAGGUUGGUAGAGGCCUUCACGCAGACUUGAGGAGGACAUUUUAG